ACCCCAUGUGGGACGACAGGCCACCCCAAUCUCAACUGGCUGACGUGUGGGGCCCCAUGGCAUCCUGCCCCGUCCUGCAGAAGGAGAGGGUGUUCCAAUCGGGCUCGCACGCCUACAGAAUCCCCGCUCUGCUCUACCUGCCACAGCAGAAGACCCUGCUGGCCUUUGCAGAGAAGCGGCUGAGCAAGAAGGAUGAGCACGCACUGCUGGUCGUCCUGCGCAGAGGAAGCUAUGAUGCGUCCACUCACCAGGUCCGGUGGCACGCUCAGGAGGUGGUGGCCCAAGCCCAGCUGGAGGGCCACCGGUCCAUGAACCCUAGCCCGUUGUAUGACGAGAAGACAGGGACUCUCUUCCUCUUCUUCAUCGCCAUCCCCAAGCAAGUGUCUGAGCACCACCAGCUCCACACAAGGGUCAACGUGACCCGGCUCUGCCAAGUUACCAGCACGGACCACGGGAGGUCCUGGAGUCCCGCCAGUGACCUCACCAGCUCUGCCAUUGGCCCCGCCCACAAGGAAUGGGCCACUUUCGCGGUGGGCCCGGGGCACUGCCUGCAGCUGCACAAUGAGACGCAGAGCCUGGUGGUGCCAGCCUAUGCCUACCGGAAUGUGCACACCCACCGGGGGCCUUGCCCCUUUGCUUUCUGCUUCCUCAGCCACGACCACGGGCUCACGUGGGAAAGAGGCAACUUUGUCGCCCAGGACACCCUGGAGUGCCAAGUGGCUGAGGUGGGGGGUGCGAAACAGAGGGUGGUGUAUCUGAACGCUAGAAGCCCCCUCCGAGUCAGGGUCCAGGCUGAGAGUACCAAUGACGGGCUCGAUUUCCAGGGGACCCAGCCAGUGCAGAAGCUUGUGGAGCCUCCCCACGGCUGCCAUGGGAGCAUCAUCAGCUUCCCCAUCUCCAGCAAGGGGUCCCACUCCUUGGACAGGUGGCUGCUCUACACUCACCCGACCGAUCCCCAGCAGAGGUCCAACCUGGGCGUCUACCUCAACACGCGGCCCCCGGCCCCCGACGCCUGGUCCCUGCCGGCCCUGCUGGCCAAGGGGAGCUGUGCCUACUCGGACCUCCAGGGCCUGGGCACUGGCCCGGAUGGCUCACCUCAGUUUGGGUGUCUGUACGAAUCAGAUAAUUAUGAGGAGAUUGUCUUCGUCAUGUUCACCCUGAAACAAGCCUUCCCAGCUGAAUUUUCACCUCAGUGAGCCCACCACGUGUUCCCCAAGGGCUCCUACUGGCCUGGACCCCCCUUUCUUGGCUCUUGGUUCCCAUCACUGAAAGUGUGAGGCUGCCUCUUGCCCUCCUUUGUGGUUUCAUCUUCUCAGAGGAUUCUAUUUUCAGCCCAGAAAACGAAGGAACCUGACUUGGCGGAGCCCCUUGCCAGGGCCAGCCCGGGGAGCUCUGCGUGGCUCAGCCUGCCUGCUCCGCAGGCCACCAGCUUCUGGGCACGUCUGGAUACAUUAUCUAGGGCGCCCCGUUCUUCUUGGGAAAUGCUCCUUGUGUUCGCCUGGGAAAGGUUGAGACAAUGAUGUAAAUUAGCAGAGGUGUGUGUUUGUGUGUGUGUCCUUGGUAAUGCUUUAUGGCAGACAGGGUGGGGAACAGCUUUGCAGGGAGCUAAGGCGGGGUCUAGGAAAAUCAAGCUAGUUUAAGUCAUUGGGUCAGCUUCCCAAGGUUGCCAUAACAAAUUACCACGAACUUGAUGGCUUAAAACAACAGAAAUUUAUUCUCUCACAGUUCUGAAGGAUGGAUGUCCAAAAUCAAGGUGACUGAAAGGCUGUGUUUGCUCCCAAGGUUUUAGGGUAGAAUCCUUCCUGGCCUCUUCCAGCUUCUGGAGGCCCUGGUAUUCCUUUGCUCAUGACUAUAUAACUUUAAUGCCUCUAUUUUCAAUGGCUUUCUCCUCUGUCUCUUGUGUUUUCUCUUCUGUCUCUUCUCAGGACACUUGUCACUGAAUUGCACACUUGAAUAAUCCAGGGUGAUCCUUCCCUUAAUUACAUGUGCAAAGACUCUUUUCCAAAUAACAUCAUAGAUUCAUAGGGGGUUAGAACACGGAUAUGGCUUUUGGGGGAUACCAUUCAAUGCAGCAUAGUCAUAAUAAGUUAUUUUUGUAUAGGUGACGUGGCUAAAAGUACAAAUGAAAUUCAGAUGAAUCAGAUAAAUCAGGAUAAUGGAGAGGGCAGCAGGGGGUGAGCUGUUUAAUGUGCCUGUGACACAGCUACU